CGCGCCGUUUGCGUCAUCGCCGCGCGCCGGGGCCUGUCGGGGUGUGUGUGUGUGGGGCGCAGGGUCUGGUGUAGCCGCGAUGCCGGAGCUGGAGGAGACGCCGGUGGCCGCCGGCGAGGGGAAGCCGGACCUCUUCUUCGAGGAGGAGGAUCUGCAGUACGAGGAAGAAAUCCUGCGCAACCCCUUUUCUGUCAAGUGCUGGAUCCGCUACAUUGAGUUCAAGCAGAACGCCCCCCGGCAUGUGCUGAACCUGAUCUACGAGAGAGCCCUCAAGGAGCUGCCAGGCAGUUACAAGCUGUGGUACAACUACCUUAAGCAGCGCCGGAAGCAGGUGAAGAACAGGUGUGUGACUGACCCCGGCUAUGAGGAGGUGAACAACUGCCAUGAACGUGCCCUCGUCUUCAUGCACAAGAUGCCUCGGAUCUGGCUAGAUUACUGCCAGUUCCUCAUGGACCAGUGCCGGAUCACCCGCACGCGCAGGACCUUUGACCGGGCGCUCCGGGCGCUGCCCAUCACACAGCACCAUCGCAUCUGGCCCCUCUACCUGAAGUUUGUGCGCUUGUACCCCCUGCCCGAGACGGCUGUGCGAGUCUACCGCAGAUACCUGAAGCUGAGCCCCGAGAACGCCGAGGAGUACAUUGAAUACCUGCGCUCCAUUGACCGGCUGGACGAGGCUGCCCUCCGCCUUGCCACCGUGGUCAAUGACGAGAGGUUCGUCUCAAAGGAGGGGAAAUCCAACUACCAGCUGUGGCACGAGCUGUGUGACCUCAUCUCCCAGAACCCUGACAAGGUGAAGUCCCUCAAUGUUGGGGCCAUCAUUCGCGGAGGCCUGACCCGCUUCACCGACCAGCUGGGCAAGCUCUGGUGCUCCCUGGCCGACUACUACAUCCGCAGUGGGCACUUUGAGAAGGCCCGGGACGUGUACGAGGAGGCCAUCCAGACGGUGAUGACGGUGCGAGAUUUCACCCAGGUGUUUGACAGCUAUGCCCAGUUCGAGGAGAGCAUGAUUGCAGCCAAGAUGGAGACCACCUCUGAGCUGGGGCAGGAGGAGGAGGAUGACGUGGACCUGGAACUGCGCCUGGCUCGCUUUGAGCAGCUGAUCACACGGCGCCCCCUGCUGCUCAACAGCGUGCUGCUGCGCCAGAAUCCCCACAACGUCCACGAGUGGCACAAGCGCGUGAAGCUCUACGAGGGCAAACCCCGAGAGAUCAUCAACACCUACACAGAGGCCGUGCAGACCGUGGACCCCUUCAAGGCCACUGGCAAGACACACACACUCUGGGUCUCCUUCGCCAAGUUCUACGAGGACAAUGGGCAGAUUGAGGAUGCCAGGACCAUAUUUGAGAAAGCCACCAAGGUGAACUUCAAGCAGGUGGACGACCUGGCCUGCGUGUGGUGCGAGUACGGGGAGAUGGAGCUGCGCCAUGAGAACUAUGACCAGGCCCUGCGCAUCCUCCGGAAAGCCACGGCCAUCCCAGCCAAGAAAGCAGAGUACUUCGAUGCCUCGGAGCCCGUCCAGAACCGUGUGUACAAGUCCCUCAAGGUCUGGUCCAUGCUGGCCGACCUGGAAGAGAGCCUGGGCACCUUCAAGUCCACCAAGGCGGUGUACGACCGCAUCCUGGACCUGCGCAUCGCCACGCCCCAGAUCAUCAUCAACUAUGCCCUCUUCCUGGAGGAGCACACCUACUUCGAGGAGAGCUUCAAGGCCUACGAGAGGGGCAUCUCCCUGUUCCGCUGGCCCAACGUGUAUGACAUUUGGAACACCUACCUGACCAAGUUCAUCGACCGCUAUGGCGGCAAGAAGCUGGAGCGUGCCCGCGACCUCUUCGAGCAGGCGCUGGACGGCUGCCCCCAGAAAUAUGCCAAGACCAUCUACCUGUUGUAUGCCAAGCUGGAGGAGGAGUUCGGGCUGGCGCGGCAUGCCAUGGCGGUGUAUGAGCGGGCCACGCGGGCCGUGCAGCCCUCGGAGCAGUACGAGAUGUACAACAUCUACAUCAAGCGGGCGGCCGAGAUCUACGGGGUCACCCACACCCGCAGCAUCUAUGAGAAGGCCAUUGAGGUGCUGUCAGACGAGCACGCCCGCGAGAUGUGCCAGCGCUUUGCCGACAUGGAAUGCAAGCUGGGCGAGAUCGACCGGGCCCGGGCCAUCUACUCCUACUGCUCGCAGAUCUGUGACCCCCGGACCACAGGCUCCUUCUGGCAGACGUGGAAGGACUUUGAGAUCCGGCACGGGAACGAAGACACGAUCCGGGAGAUGCUGCGCAUCAAACGCAGCGUCCAGGCCACCUACAACACCCAGGUCAACUUCAUGGCCUCGCAGAUGCUCAAAGUCUCCAGCAACGCCACGGGCACCGUGUCAGACCUGGCGCCGGGGCAGAGUGGUAUGGACGACAUGAAGCUGCUAGAGCAGCGGGCAGAGCAGUUGGCGGCCGAGGCAGAGCGGGACAAACCCCGGACCAAGGAGAAGAUCCUCUUUGUCAGGAGCGAUGCGUCACGCAGCGAGCUGGCCGCACUGUCCAGGCAAGCGAACCCUGACGAGAUCGACAUUGACGAGGAGGAGGAGGGGGAUGAGAGCGAGGAGAAUGAGCCUGAUGAGGUGCAGCUGGAGCAGCAGAGCAUCCCCUCGGCUGUGUUUGGGGGGCUGAAGACCGACUGAACUGGAACUGGGGGCAGCUAGUGGACACCAUGGAUCCUGCUCCCCUCCUGGACUGCGGGCAGAGGGGUCUGGACUUUGAGAUUCCUGGGCUGGUGCUGGCCUGUGGCUGAUCCCCUAGAGCAUGGGCUGAGUGUCCAUCCCCCUGUGGCUGGCUGGAGCCAUGCCCUAUCCCUCACCCAGGGGAACACUGCUGCCCUAGUUCUCCUGGGCCUGUAGGCCAAGCAGGCUCCCUGAGUUCUGGGCUGUGGGGCCCUGGCUCCUAGCAGGGAGGGGGUGGAAUGGGAUAGGGCUGUGCCACCCAGGCAGGGGAGGACCCUGCUCAGGGCCACUGGCAGGAGGGUGUGGAGCCAGCCUGUCCACCCCUCCCCCAUGAAGCACUUUGGGAGCCAGGCUUGUUAGGGGGGAGGGAGCCAGUCCUGGAUCUGGGCUCAGGCCUGGGGCCCAUCUGACUGGGGCUAAUCUGCCCCUCCAUCUGGUCUCCACCAGCUAGUGAGUAGGGUGAACCAUGUGCUUGGUGCUCUUCCCCCACUGCUGCCAUGGCUGGGGCAUGGGUGGCCACACCCCUGGCUCUGGUGCAGGGAGAGGGGGAGCGCUCCCCCUGAAGGGGCAGCUAUGUCUGAGG